AUGGAUACUUCCAUGUUUACCUCUUUCAAAAUAUUUUUAGCAUAUGUCAACCAGGUGUUUGUCUCUUAUGACUAUCCACUAAAUGUAUAUGCGAAUAUCUUCCAUAAAGGAGUUUCAGAAUGCCAUCAAAAACUUGACAAACUCGGUGAAGACAGGAACUGGGACGAGCUCGUCACUUUGGUUAACAGUGGAAAUGUACUGUACAGCAGACUCCCCUUUGAAGAUGAUUCAAAUUCUUUACCUUCCUUGUACACACCACUUCACCAUGCUGCUGCAGGGAAAGCCCCAAAACAUGUCUUUGAAGAUCUUUUGAAAAAAGGUGCAUCUAAAUGCCUAAAAACAACAAAUGGAGAAACGGCAUAUGAUUUAGCAGUGAAAAAUUCCUUAGAUGAUGAUAUAUUAAGACUUCUUGAGUUACCAGAAAAUGUAAAGAAUAAUUCAGAAUCUAUAGCUAUAAUGGAAAAAUCUCUACAUACUGUUAUAUUGGGAAGAGUGGAGAAACUAAUCCAAGAACACGGAGUUCAACUCCCACAGCUAGUCUUUUUAUAUGAAAAAGGUCCGUUUCAUUAUUCAGUUCCAAUGAUGUAUGGUGGGUUUAACGUAAAGAAAUAUAACGAUGGCAUAAAAGUUCACAGUUUUUGUCGUGUAUGGGGUGGAAGUGAGCAAGACCAUGUAAUUGAAAGAAAUGGCAAAACUACUCUAAAAGCUACAGGCUAUGAUUGUGCUUUCUAAUAAGUACGAAAAAGGUCAAUAAUAAAUCUUUAAAAAGUGGUUUAAAGUUUUGUAUAA